UUUAAAAGGGAAGCACACCAAAUUCACAAUUGAAUUCAACAAACCAUGGCGAGUGAAAUCCAAUUGGCAAGAAGAAAGAAAUCAAAAAGCAAAAGAAAGCGAGACGAAUUAAGAGAAAGGGAAAGAAUUGAACCUGUUGAAGUAGAACUCUGGAUCGGACUAAUCAACUUCAGAAUUCAUCACCCAAAAUCAGACACCAAAGAAGUAAGAAAAGUAAGAAGUAGAGAACAGUAGGAGAAUCAGAAGGGAGAGAGAAGAAGAAAGAGAUGAACAAGGAGAAACAGAGAAACAGAUAAAGAGAAUUCUGUAUA